AUGUCAGACUUAGGUAGAAAAGAUAUCGGAGACAAAAUCGAAAGCAAGGUUAAGCCAGACUCCCAAAAGUCCACUUUUGAACAAGCCAAAGACAAGGUUACUGAUGCUGUUGACAACUUGGCUGGAGGAAUUAGAACUUAUGUUUACAACUCCGACUCCUUGUCAGCUUAUGUGAAAUCCUUCAACAAUGCCACCACAAACAUUGAUGAAAUUCCCGUCAACGUUGUUUACUUAAUACAUCCACGCCUUGGCAACUAUAAGUUCACUGAAUCAAUUGCUUAUAAUGUAUUACAUCAAUACUACGCCAAGAAGCAAACAACUACUUCAUCAUCUACUGCAACGCCACCCUUGAUUUGCGUUACUUUUGAUUUGAGAAAUCACGGUGAACGUGAAGUUGAUUCUUUAAAUAAUUAUGGAUGGAAUGAACUUCCAGAUAGGAAAAACGAUACACAUGCAGUUGAUAUGGUGAGUUCAAUUAUGGGCAAUGUUGCUGAUAUUAAGUUGAUUAUUGACUUUUUGCCUAGUUACUUGAAUUUGGACGCAUUAUUAAGCAAUCGCUUCAAACAAACGCAUCAACAUUACAAUAUCCAAUAUAAUAACAUCUUAUCGGGAUAUUCUUUGGGUGGGCAUACUGUUUUCCGUUUUGCUAAUGAGUAUCCCGACUUGGUCACGGCCAUUAAUCCAGUUGUUGGAUCAAUCGAUUUAUCAAGCUUAUUGGUUAACAGAUUAAAACAAAAUCCAGUGGAUGGCGAUAAUUACGAUAAAAAAUGGUUCUUUUAUAACUACGCUGAAUUAGGAUUAACUGCAAAACAACAAGAUACGCAAUAUCCUGAAACUUUCCACAAGCUUUUAUCCAAACAGGAUGAAGAUAUUUUUGAGAAUUUCCCAAUGGGGAAAAUUGCCAUGUUUGCUAGUUUUGGUAAAGAGGAUACACUAGUACCACCCAGAUUGAGUUUGGUUUGGUGUGAUACAUAUUUGAAUACCAAUGAUAAAAGUGAGGUGUUUGUUCAGGAUGGAGUUGGCCAUGAAGUUACUAAGGAGAUGAUUGAUAGUUUUACCACUUGGUUAGCCAAACUAAUCUAA